AUGGCUGUAGUAAGAAGAAGUCGAACUGCUAUGGAUAUAUUGAAAUCCAAUACUGGAUGUAUUUCAACAUAUUCAAAGAACAUUGACGAUAUGCUUAAUGGUGGUAUUCGUAUGGGUGUUCUAACUGAACUGUGUGGAAAUCCAGGCAGUGGAAAAUCUAAUUUAUGUACUCAAUUAUGCGUUUCUGUACAAAUGAAAUAUGGUGUAACAACGAAUGAGACUGGAACAGUAAUCUAUAUUGAUACAGAAGGAAGUUUUGUGCCCAUACGAUUACAAAAUAUGGCAAUGGCUGCUGAAAAUCAUUAUAAAAAUGAAAACGGAAAUCUUACGAAUACCAGUUCAGUGGAAGAAAUAUUAAAAAAUGUGAUUUAUUUUCGUUGUAUCAAUGUGGCAGAAUUAAUCGCUUGUCUAAUACAAUUAAAACAAAUAAUGAUACCAGAACGAAAUGUUAAAUUGAUUAUUCUGGAUAGUCUUGCUCAUCCUAUUCGAAGCAUUAUUAAUAGUGAUCAUUUAACUCGUCAUAAACAUAUUGUUAGAAUCGUUUCUAUGUUACAAAAAAUAGCUGCAGAUUAUAAAUGUGCAGCUGUGAUUGUUAAUCAUAUGAUUGCAAAAGUUGAAUCGCCGAAAAACGAAGCUUAUUGUGCUCCAGCUCUUGGUGAUACAUUUGGUCAUAUGUCUCAAUUACGGUUACAACUUUCCUGGAAAAUGAAUAAACGUGAAGCGCGUGUUCUUAAAUCGCCACAUAUAGCGGAAUUGUCAACAUAUUUUCAAAUAACUGAUGAUGGUAUCCGAGACAUAGAUGAAACUGAAUUAAUGGAUCAAAGCAGUUGUAAUUCAGUAUCACAGGAAAAUAUGCAUCCAAUUGCGAUUACGUAA